AUGCAGUCGGCUCGUUUAGAGGAACUAAUACCAAGAGAAGAUAACUCUUGUAUACUUCCUGAAAGGACAGCCAGCACGACUGUUUUUGUUGUGUCAAGUAGUCGUACCGUCCCAUUGACCAUUUGACACGGCUUAAAGAUGAAGGCGACAUCGGAAGAUCCACACUUGAAAAAGAGACUGCAGGUGUUUCUGGGGGAGAUGCUGAAGCUGGGCACAGUGAAGGGCUUCAAGUACUUCGCUUCAUACAUGAGAGGGCGUGAGGAGAUGGUCAUCAGCAUCGUCAAUGAGCCACAGACCCCCAACAACAGCUACAGCAGUGAACCGGGCACUCCCCUGCACAACACAGAGUUUGCAGCAGGCGCCAGCUUUACCUCCAACAACCUACCCUAUGACAAGAGGUCACUGAUGCUGUCUCAGAGGACACAGAUGUCUCUGAGUGGCCUUGGGGAAAAGGGUGUUGGCUUGCCCCCAGCCUCCCCAAGUGAUGAUGAGACACAGGCUAUGGAUGAGUCGUCCACUGUUUUCCUGAUUGCUGGCUACACUCGCUACCUUUGUCCCUACGUGUGGGUGCGCUCCAACCAUGAACGCCUAGUGAGGCUGACCGGAGGAGACACACAGGAAAAAGACAACCCUCUCCGACUCAAGUCCACGUACAAGUGGAAGGAUAAUGAUGUGUUUAUAUGGGACAUCAUCGCAGAGCUGGUCAAGUUAAGCACGUAUCCAGCUCCCCGUAACCCAUUUGCUGUGGACAUUCCAUUCUUCUCAACUCUGCCACUCUCAGAGCAGGUGUUGUCAACUGCUGCCAUGGUGUCCUUCCUGCAGAAAGUGUUGAUACACACAGCUGAUGAUAAACCCUAUGCUGCUAAAGUAUUUGAAGAUCUCCAGUUAGUGACAAAAUGUCACUUCUCAGCUGUUCAGAAACUGGCUAAGGAGGGAGGACUGCCCAUUCUGCAGCAGCAACAGCAGCAGCAGCACAGGAAGAUGAGUGGCAGCCAGUCCCAGUUGUCAUCACGGAAACGGUAUCCCAGCAGUGGUAGUCAGUACCCAGCCCAGUAUGGGCAGUACCAGCAGCCUGCAGCAGGCUACAACUACAGCAGUCACAAUGCUCCCAGCUACUGACACACACAAACAGAACAGAGGGAUUGAAGAGGUGGAGCAGUGUCCAAGGGAAACUCCUUGAAGGAAGACAUUGGUCAAGGCUCCAGUGAAUGUUUCAAGACACUGUUGCCCUUUGGAUGAAUACAAGGCAGAGAUUAUAAGAAACAGGAUGACAUUUCCUGGACAUUAUGCAACAGAUCUGCUUUGCUCUGCCAUGAUUGCCUUGACUUUGGGUACAUUGGUUAAGAAUAUAUGGUUGAAGAUGUGAAACACAAGACACAGAUGAGUGUGACUGAUGCAGUUUAUUGAUGAUAAAACCUGUAAUAAAGAUGAGAGGGUUGGUAGACAAUGCCCCUCAAAUGAUAUCAUGUAGCAGUAACGGAUAAUGUAUGGUGAAAGGUUUUGGCGUUUUUCAUGCAGGUAUUUGAUGGUGAGAGAUAAUAAGGUAAAUACCUUCAUGUUGCUAAUGAAUGUUUAUUCUGUUUUUCAUUUCAAAAUAUCAUGAGUAUGAAAACAAACAACUUAUGACGUCAUCUAUAUUUACCUGAGUCCCUUAUGUACUACAAUGACCAGUGUGUAUGUAAUGGCGGCAAGUUACAGUAUAUGUACACAGAGAACUCAUUGGCCCCAAAGGGAUCUCAGCCUACAACUUGUGCCAUAGAAUUACACCAGUGGCGGUAGUAAGGUGGCUUGCUGGACACAACCUGGCUGGUCAUCUGGCCUCUCUGCUGAUCUGCAUAUCCAUGACACACUUGCUCCAUUCCCUUUGUUGAUGUUCUGGGAUGAAACCUAUAUUAUUUGUUGUACAUACUUUGAAAAUGAAUAAAUUGAUCUUAACCCA